AUGGCUGCGGCUAACGCUCCGAUCGCUAUGAGGGAGGCCCUUACGGAGCUUGCGAGUUUGGAAUUGAAGGAGAACGAGGAAGAGUCGGUUUUGAAAUCGGAUUUGGAGGAGAAGAAAAAAGAAAAGGAAGAAGAGAAGGUUGAGCAAAAGAUUGUUGAUAGGGAUUUGAGUGCAGACGAAAUGGGGAGCUGGAAUGGAAGUGAUGAUGGAAAUGAGAAUGUGAAUGAGGAUGGGUAUGGGUAUGGGUAUGGGUAUGGGUAUGGGAAUGGGAGUGAGAAUGAGAAUGAAAAUGAGGAUGAGGAUAGGAAGAGAGAAGUAGAAGAGAACGAUGAUGAAGAUGGUGGAGUGGGGGAAAAUAAGAGUGGAAAUGAGACUAAAAAUGGCAGUGAAGUAAAUAAUGGUAGCAGUGAGAUGGAUAAGAAGAAUGGGUAUGGUGGUGGUAUUUGA